AUGAGGCGUAUGGAUCCCGAUGCAGGGGGUGGGGACCACGAUUUGCUGCAGUGUGUGCUGCGGCUCCCCCUUCCGAACCCUGAGGUGGCAUCCAUCAUGUUGCAGGUAUUGCGCGUAGAACCACCUGUCCCUGGCACAUCGAGAGAGGUUCAGCUAUGGGCUGAUGAUAGUGCGCGAUCGACGGUGUUUGCUAGGCUAUGUGCCACGCAGGAGCGGGCGUUGCGUGCAGCUGUUGCGGCGCUAUUGGAGCAAACAAAGCUUGUCCUUCGUACGUUGGAUGCCUUCCCUGUCGAUGCACCUGCCAAUGUCUAG